GGAUACGGUCUCACGGAAACGUGCUCAGGAGCCACAGUUAUGGACAUGUACAAUAGAAGCACAGAAAGAGUCGGAGUUCCUACGGUUAUCUGUGACAUAAGAGUGGAAAAUUAGGAAGAAAGGGAAUUACAGAGUAACGCAUACACCUAACCCGAGAGGCUGGUUUUACAAACUUCCGGACCAAACAAAAGAGAACUUCUUUGAGGAGAAUGGCAGAUAAUGGUUCAGAACAGGCGACAUUGGGGAAUUGCAUCCGGAUGGAAGCAUGACGAUUAUCGAUCAAAAGAAGGAUUUAGUCAAAUUGCUAUUGGGAGAGUGCGUAUCACUCGGUAAUAUCGAAGCUGAAUUGGAGACUUGUCCCGCCGUGGAAAAUAUCUGCGUCUAUGGAAGCGCUUUCAAGGUGUACACAGUUGCUCUUGUCGUACCGAGUCCUUGCAGCCUUGAAGAAAUUGCAGCUAAUCUUAAUAGAUUACAACGAAGAAUCUUGAAGAAUUGUGCGUUCCGUAUAAAUCAAAUUUUCGAAUGGAUGAGGUAAACUACAGAGAUUCGAAAUCCCGGAAGUUGUGAAGCUCUGUCCAGAGCAGUGGUCACCGGACAUGGAUCUGGUAACGACUACUUUCAAACUGAAACGAAAAGCUGUCCAAGAGCGUUAUCAGCACGAAAUAAAUCGGAUGUACGCCUCUUGAUGUUACGGCAAAAAAUGCGCAAAGUGUAACGUCCAGCGUAUACGCAAACGUAGUAAUUUGGAAGUUCGACGUCGCGGAGGAGAAAAAGAAAAAAAGAUCAACAAACAUAACGCCAGUCGACGCAUAGAUCUCUCAGCGUGUCCU